AUGAGCGUCCAGUUGAACAUCUGGGAAUAUCUGCUUAACAACAGCCAAGUGCCGACCGCGAAACUGGUCGUAAUCUUCACUAAGGAGGACAGACUGACCCCAGAACACUUGACGCAAUUCCCGUUCGCUAAGGCGUUCCCUGAUUUCCAGGGAAAUGGCCAGGAUGUCGAGCAUAUCAUCCAAUACUUCGCAUCCCGGCUCCUCCUCUCGGUUCAUC